AUGACUUCGCAAUCGGUUCCAAACUUUUUCCGGUUGAUUGAAAACAAUCACUGGAACCUGUUCAUCCUCUUGUUGAGCCAAGGCUCUUUGGCCUACGGUACAUCACUCAGCCAAGCAAAGUAUCAAAAGUUACCCGGCGCCAUCCUACGGGAGGACAAUAUCAUUAUCAACUUGGAUAAAGGAGUGCCACUAGGUUCAGUACCCACAUUGGCGGGAGUGGUUCGCGUUCCACUGAAGGAAUAUCAUAGCAGUUUUGUAUCGUUCGCCGGAGUGAUGCACACGGUGCAGUUGCAAGUGUGCCUGGAACCUGCAGCAGCAAAGCAGACGCCGCAUGCAACCCUUUUCGACGAGAAUUUCGAUGACCACCCAGUCGGGGUGUCGUUAUUCCACUACACUGCUAGUUGA